AUGAAGUCGAAGGAUCCGGGUGUCGAACGAGAGAUGAGGAUAUGUCAUACUCAACCUCAUCUCGUGCCUCCCAUGAAGCUGGUGGUCUAUGAUGACCUUCCGAGCCCCACGCCUAGGACCUCGUCCUUCCCAUCAUGGAUAACGGAAGGCAGAAGCGUCGUCUCCCGAGCAUCCAAAAGGGCCAGCAUGUCGUUCAAGCGGCAGUCCACUCCAUUGAGGAUCAGUGCACCAACAGACUUCAGGAGAGUCGAGACUUUCCAUUCCUUUGCCUCCAGUCCAGCGGAGUUUCAACCUCUCGUGUUGAAGAUUCACACACCCGGCAACCGCCUCUCAGAUCUGCCAACCUUCGACGACUUUCUUUCACAGGAGGAUCGACGACGAUCUCUUGCCUGGCCUGCAAAAGCUCUUGUCUCUCCCACUGACCCUUCACGUAUUUCCCGCGCACGAUCUCAUCAUCACUCUUCAUCCUUCCAAUUACCUCGCAAACCCGUGGGAUCAGGGUCCCGACGAUCUUCCCUUGCCGCCUUGGAGCAGCUUCUGGACAAGCAAUCUCCCAUCACAAGCCCUGGGAUACCUUAUUUCUCAGCCCGUACCUCGACCGCCACCGGCCUCAGCGAGGCCUUGUUCUCACCAACAUAUAACAGGCUGGAAUCGUCGCCCGGCUACGGGUCACUGCCCCAACGCCAACGCCAACGCAGCGAUACCACGUCCAUCGCAGUGCCCCCAAAGACACCCCCCAAAACUCCCCUGCAGGACAGGCCGUUACCACCUCUUCCUACCGACAACACCCCGUCGUCAACAGGAACAUCUACACCCAACCCCUCGUCCUCCACCCUCGCCGAGAACGACAUCUCAUCCCCAACCCCAUCCCGCACCGGCCGCGUCGCGCAAUGGCUCCUCCAAACAGGCAAUAAAGCCUUCAUCCCCGCCUCUCCCCCUGUCCCCUGGAAACCCCGCGCCGAAAGGAGCGCAAGUGCCAGCGCAAGCGCCUUUCGCAUCCGCUCACGCACGCUCAGCGGCUCAACGGCCGUCUCUUCCGCACCGAGCACAACAACCACCACAGGGCUAGGUCCAAGGACGCCCCCAUCACGAGGCACCCAAGACCUCAAUCCCAGUCUACCAUCCGAAAAGGAUCUCGAGGCCUUUCCGUCCCGGGCCCUCUUCUCUCACGCCCCGCCAGCCCUCUCAUCCACAUCCAUGUCCAUCCCCGACGACAGACCAUACCCAACGAUCUACGAAGGCCAGCAACAACAAUUCGCAUACAGCGAGUUGGAUUACUACUCGACUCCCAAUCACCGCCAAUCAACCAUUGGUCUGGCCUUUUGA